GUCCUUCUCUGCAUUAUCUCAUGAUCCUGUCAAGAGUCGCAGUAGCUCUCUUGCUAUCAAGCUUCUGUUCAGCGGCAGUCCACCAUCUUUUUGUUGGAACCUUCUCCACCCAUGCGAUUUAUGCACUGGAGUUCGACGACGAGACUUACUCGCUGACUCUUGCUGCGAACAUUACAACACCCAGUGAACAUCCGUGGAUAAAUCUGAGCCAUGACCGGAAAAGCCUUUACACGGCAAGCGACAGCGCAUACGGAUACUUCAAUGUGGUGAACAGUACCAGCGUCACGUAUAAUGCAUCCGUCCCUCUUGAGAGCAACUGCUCAUCCACUCGAGCUAUAUUUAUCACCUCUUCCAAGGUCGAGCCCUACACCGUAUACGGAAUACCCUUCGGAGACUGUGGAACCGUUAUACCGGCCGACUUCUCAUCCAUUACCCAAAACUACACCUUCACAUCGGGUUCCUCUGGCGUCCACGGUCUUGCUCUUCUUCCCAAUAGCACGUAUCUCUAUGCUGCAGAUGACAGCGACGACAAGAUCUGGACAUUCGGCGUCGACAUCGCCACCGGAGAACUGACCGAUAUUGGAGUGUUAGACGCGCCUGCGGAAGGAAACAAUCCCAGGCAUCUAACAGUCCAUCCGAAUGGCGAAUACUUGUUUGUCAUCUUAGAGGAAGCGAACGAGGUUGCGCAGUACAGCAUCGACGGGCAAACCCAUCAGCCCGUUUACUUCAAUGUCUCGUACUCUCUUCUCCCACCAGAUUCCGAUUCGACCACGCACUGGGCUGACGAAGUCCAGGUGUCCGCCAACGCGACUUACCUCUGGGCGACAACCCGGUCCCGUGAAACCAACGAAACGGGGUACCUUUCCGUGUUCAGCCUAAACGGAAACGGCUCCAUCGCAAACCAGCUCUUCAUCACCCCCACCACAACCUCAGGGGGCACCUCCAACGCCGUAAGCCCCGCAUCGUUUGCGGAUGAGUUUGCCGCCAUCACGGACACAUCCGUCGGGUUUGUCGAGAUUUGGCAGCUGCUGGACGACGCAUCAAACGCCACUGCCGUGGCUCACAUCGACCUCGUCGACGGAGGGUGCUGCGCAAAUGCCGUUUGGUAUGACUGAGAGGUUAUAAUAAUUUGAUGUUACACAGACUUUGCGGUGGGCUGCCACCACAAUUGGAUGCGCU